CGCUUUACGAAAUCGAAUGGCCCCUUCGGUCUAUUGGACAAUUGUUUCUCUCUCUACCUCCCAAGCAUAGUGCGUCAACCGGCCCACGGCAGAUUUUAGAGGGAGAAAGAGAGGGGAGCUGAAAAGCUCUGAGAAAGUGCGGCAAUGGCGGCCUUCCUGAAUCAAAGAUGCAUGCUGAUGAUGACUUUGUUUUCGCUUUUUAUUGUUGCGUCUCUCUCCCUAGAUGAUAAAUGUGCAGCCUGCAAUGUCGUUGCGGCAGAACUUGCGGUGGGCCUUUUCAAGGAGAAACCUAGAAACCAUUUAGAUAUGCGGCAUCGUUUGGACUCAAAGGGACAACGUGAAGGGAAAGUGAUUGAUUACAGGGUCAGUGAGUUGAGGGUUGUUGAACUGUUGGAUGGCCUUUGUGAGAAAAUGCAAGAUUAUACUCUAGAUAAGCUAGCUUCAGGGAAGCAAGAAUGGGUUAAAGUAGGAGAUUGGGAUGACUAUGUUCUCAAGAUCGACAAACAAGAAGCACGUGCAUAUUCAAAAGACAUAUCCUCUUAUUGUGGAAGGUUGCUGGAGGAAACGGAAGAUGAGUUAGCUGAAUUGAUUAAGAAAGGGUCUGUUAGGACAGGAGAUGUAAAAAAGGUUCUUUGCCAUGAUCUCAGCAAACAUUGCAGUCUAUCAGGAAACAGUGGUGCCUCUGAUUUAAUAAUUGAGGAACCAGAUGAGGACCUCUGAAGAGCUAGAGGCAAAGCCAUGGUUGUUUUGUUCGACAACUAUACUGCAGAUAUUAGAUUAUAUUAUUCAAGGUUGCCAUAUUUAUGAUCACUUGUCCAUUUCAAAGUAAACAAGAAGCCAGUUUUGUUAGAGGUGCUAUCUUUUGGAACAGACCAAAAGAACGGUGACAUUAUUUGACCCAUUCCUGCAUGUUUUGUGUGCCAUUAACUUUUGUCUGAAAAGAAGACCAAUAUGACAGAACCUCUGGGGUUGCAAGGCCCCAUAAAUUUUAGAGCUAUACAGAUCACAGUCAAUCCUUGGAACUUAGGAAAUCUCUUAUUUAUGACUAGACUUUCACUUUGAUGAUGAUGGAAAAGUUUGAUGAAAAGCUGAAGUUCAUUUCAGAUUUUCAUAUCUGCAGAUACUGGUUUAUGUUAUGCAAAAAGAUGCAAUCCCAAUUCUCCUAUCAUGUCAGUUUUUUCA